AUGGGCACUGGCGAGCAGUCGCCCAACCCACCAUUAACCUGGCUUUCCAAUGAACCCAUGUGGGUUGACCAGUGGCCCAUGACAGAAGAGCGACUGCAAAUAACAGGACAAUUAGUAGCAGAGCAAUUCGAUGCAGGGCACGUCAAACCUUCAGUUAGUCCGUGGAACACCUCCAUAUUCAUCAUUCCAAAAAAGAGUGGUAAAUGGCGUCUUUUACACGACCUGUGUAAAAUCAACAAACAAAUGCAACCCAUGGGAGCCAUACAGCCUGGAAUGCCAUCACCUGCUAUGCUACCAUCGGGUUGGCACAUAAUCAUUGUUGACUUAAAAGACUGUUUUUUCACUAUUUCUUUGCAUCCGCAAGACACUCAGCGAUUUGCCUUUUCAGUACCGGUUACCAACAAAGCAGAGCCUUCAGAACGAUAUGAGUGGGUUGUCCUGACACAAGGCAUGAGAAACUCACCCACGCUGUGUCAACUUUAUGUGGCUUGGGCCUUGGCCUCACUCAGAAAACAGUGGCCGAACAUGAUCAUUCAUCAUUAUAUGGACGACAUCCUUUUGUGUCAACAGGAAGCGUUCUGUGAUGAUUCCUUGAUGCAGCUGACUACUGUUUUAGCCAGCAAAGGCCUUGUUGUCGCUCCAGAAAAAAUUCAGCGAUCCACACCGUGGAAGUACCUUGGAUGGCGUAUUUCUGACGCCGAGAUCCAAACACAAAAGGCGGAGCUGGCAACGAACUUGCGCACACUAACUAAUGUACAGAUUCUACUCGGAGAUAUCCAGUGGGUGCACAACUGUGCUGCUAUUUCCAAUGCUGAGAUUGCACCGCCGGCGUCGCUACUACGCGGCUCACACCCCAGCACUAAAGUCACACUAUCAGAGACACGACAGACGGCUUUGCAACACAUCGUACAGCAACUUCAGAGAGCCUGGACUGCUAGAUGA